CAGAGCAACUUCCUCUAGAGGGAGCUGAUUGGAGCUGGGUGCAGCUGGCACCUCUAUGAUCACCAGAGCCUCGCGGGUCCCUCCGGCUGUGCUGGGACCAGCAGAGUAUAUCCAGAUACCAGGAAUGCACUGACGUUCAUUCCUAGAAGCCGACUGGCAUCCUGGCCCUGGGAACAGACGCAGCCCCUCGGGAUCUCCAGCCUUGGACCUGCUGAGCCAUCCCGGGUUGGACCAGGAUCCCCGCAGGCUGACACUGCCAUCCACUAAGACCUGAACAAAUGGCAUCCGGGCAAGGCCCAGGUCCUCCCGGGCAGGAGUGUGGAGAGUCCACCCCGCCUUCCACGUCUGAGGAGCAGGUAGCCCGCGACACAGAGGAGGUUUUCCGCAGCUACGUUUUUUACCGCCAUCAGCAGGAGCAGGAGGCUGAGGGGGCAGCUGCCCCUGCUGACCCAGAGAUGGUCACCUUGCCUCUAGAACCCAGCAGCACCAUGGGGCAGGUGGGUCGGCAGCUUGCCAUCAUUGGGGAUGACAUCAACCGGCGCUAUGAUUCGGAGUUCCAGACCAUGCUGCAGCACCUGCAGCCCACAGCAGAGAACGCCUAUGAGUAUUUCACCAAGAUCGCCUCAAGCCUGUUUGAGAGUGGCAUCAACUGGGGCCGUGUGGUGGCUCUCCUGGGCUUCGGCUACCGCCUGGCCCUACAUGUUUACCAGCGUGGCCUGACUGGCUUCCUGGGCCAGGUGACCCGCUUCGUGGUCGACUUCAUGCUGCAUCACUGCAUUGCCCGGUGGAUCGCACAGAGGGGCGGCUGGGUGGCAGCCCUGGACUUGGGCAAUGGCCCCAUCCGUAAUGUACUAAUGGUUCUGGCUGUGGUUCUGCUGGGCCAGUUUGUGGUACGAAGAUUCUUCAAGUCAUGACUCCUGAAGGGGCCCUUUGGGGUCCCAGCUAAGACCCCUGCUUGGACUUCCCCCUCCCCUGCAGGGGUCCCCCCUUAAAAAUACAGAAGCUUUAGCAAAUGGACACUCCAGCUUCAGAGGGCCCCUGCCCAGGGGUCAGUCAGGUUGCAGAGGUGCCCCAACAUUGCAUGGUGCUAAGGGGCCCCCUUCUCUAGGCCCCAUCCUGUCAGAGAGGAGCUGUAGCCUCCCUCAGCUCUCUGGGACUCCCUUAGCCCUUUCUGCUGGGCACUGGGGAGAUUAUAAUAACUUGGGGGGUAGAGACUAGGAGCCACUGCUUCCCAAGAAGUUUUUAAUGGUUUUAGCUUUUUAUAACACCCUUGGGGGAGCCUCUCCUCUUCAUCCCCACCACUCUGCCCAAGGCCAGGACAUCUGAGGUAUGGGGGCCUAAAAACUGGGACUGUGGCCAGGCCCUGGCCCUCCCUGAGUAUCAUGUCUCCCAGAAGCAGGACUGGCUGGGGCUGGAGGGGGGGUGUCCUGCUCAGCAUUCCAGGCUCCCACUCCAUAUUGCCUUUAUAGUUGGAUACUCAGGGAUUGUGUGGAUGGGCCUGGGAUGUGUGGGUGUGGGGGUGCAGACCAGUGCUAUCUGAACUUACCCAUCAGAGCAGGAGCCUCCAAGCCUGCCUCUUCUGUCCCUCCUCUCCCCUUCAUUAUAGUGAAGACCCUUGCCCCUAUCCCCAGAGGCCUUGGGUGAGGAAGUGCUAAGGCCCCUCCUUGCCCAGACUAUGGGGUUUAGGGCUUGGUUAUUGGGGAGUUAACCCCGGGAGGUUCUGAGUGGGAGAAGGGCUAUCAACACCUCAUGCCCCAGGCAUAGUGUAAUCCACUGUGGAUGUUGGAAACUGUGAAUACUUGAACUCUAACCCUCUCCUGCACCCACCCCAACCCCAUGCUCUUCACCUGCCUAGAUCACUCCUCGGGGUGAGGGUGAGAGUGCCUUCUCUGUCACAGCCUAGGGCGAUAGCAAUAAGGGGAGAAAUUAAGAGAUUAAUAAGGAGAGAUUUGAUUUAGCCAAAUACAGGGAGGGGACGCAGAUGGAGCCCUCUGGCCACCCACCCCUUACAUCCUCUGAGUGUGUUUGGAAAUAAACUGUGCAAUCCCCUUAC